AUCAGCCCACCCUUUUAUUUCCCCCUCUUUGGACCCAUUUCUUCGUCUUCUCCUUCUUCCCUCGCCCUCCUAUCAUUUUCCGGCGAAUAUCUCGUUUUCUCCGACGACAUCUCGCCGUCAUUCUAGUCGGGAACCCUUAACAUUACAUUCCAGCUUUUGUUACUGAGAAACAUCAUUGUUUUACCACUUCUCUCUCCUCAUUCUUCAACCGCCAUUAACAAUGCAGAUUCAAGCUUUUCUAUUCCUGUCUCUCUCAUACAUUUUUUUUUCUUUCGCAACUUCUGACGAUGCUUCUGCUCUUCUCAGCUUCAAAUCCUCAAUUUCUCACGAUCCUUCCAAAUUUUUAUCUAAUUGGUCUCCUUCAACUAACUACUGUAACUGGAGAGGAAUUUCUUGCGCGAAUGCUAGAGUUGUUUCCCUUAAUCUCACUUUUCCUGAUACGAAUGCUUCGUCUUUUCUCGCCGGAACUCUACAUUCUUCCGUCGGAAAUUUGUCGGAACUUAGGGUUUUAUCGAUUCCUCAUCAUGCAUUUUCUGGAGAGAUUCCUGCCGAAAUCGGAAUGUUGCGGAACUUGGAGGUUAUUGAGCUUCAGGGGAAUAAUUUUUCUGGGAAAACUCCUAAUGAGAUGUGCAAUCUUUCUUCUUCGCUUCGUUUACUUAAUUUUUCGUCUAAUUUUCUAACUGGGAAGAUUCCUAGUAGACUAAUUGGUUCAGGAAAAAUUAGGGUUGUUGAUUUGUCUGAUAAUCAGCUUUCUGGUAAGAUUAACGUGGCUCAUAAUUGCAUGUUUCUUACUCAUUUGAAGCUUUCCAAUAAUUUUCUGGUUGGUAAUAUUCCUGCUGAGAUAGGGUCAUGUUUGAAUUUAAGGACACUGUUGCUUGAUGGUAACAUUUUGGAAGGUAACAUACCUCCUAAAAUUGGUCAACUUUCGGAACUUAGGGUUUUGGAUGUUUCUAGAAAUAGUCUUACGGAUAGGAUUCCGAGGGAGCUGGCCAAUUGUCGGAAACUGGCUGUUCUUGUGUUAACAAACUUAGUAGAGUUUAGUGAUGAUAGAACAUUGGACAUUUUCAGGGGUGAGUAUAAUGCAUUUAUGGGAGGUGUCCCUGAAGAGGUAUUACAGAUUCCUUCCUUGCUGAUUUUCUGGGCACCUAGAGCUAAUAUUGGUGGUCGAUUGCCCGGAAAUUGGUCUGAAUCCUGUUCUUUGAGAAUUCUUAAUCUGGGUCAGAAUUAUAUAGAUGGUAUUAUACCUGAGGGGAUUGCAAUGUGUAGAAAUUUGACUUUUUUGGAUUUGAGUUCAAAUGGUCUUUUUGGAAACUUUCCUUUCCAGUUUCCAGUUUCAUGUAUGGUGUAUUUGAAUGUUAGCUGGAACUCGCUUUCUGGUUUUCUUCAACCAUCUAUUAAUCACAAUUGUGGGAGCGAUAUGGACUUGAAGACGGAUGCUUUCUCUUUUCUUGAAGUAGAUAUUCAAAAUUUUUAUCCAAAAGUCAAGCUUUGGGAUCUGCAAUUGUAUAAAAAUGAAGGUCCGGGGUUGGGUGAUAGUUUACUCAUUAAACAUGAUUUCGGCUGGAAUAACUUCACUGGUUCCUUGCCUUUGUUUUCAGUUUCGGAUGGGUUGAUGUCCAAUAGUAAUGUAUCAUAUGAGCUUUCACUGAAUGACAAUGACUUUAAUGGUUCUCUUACUGGAAAGCUUUUAACCGGUUGUCAGAAUCUUCAUAGUGUUUCUGUGAAUCUAACCGCCAACCAGAUAUCUGGCCAGUUGUACCCAACAUUGCUUCAGGAUUGUUUAAAACUAACAAGUUUUGAAGCAGCACAGAAUCGGAUAUGGGGGUCAAUUUCCUCAGGUAUCAGCAACUGUCUUAUGUUGAGUAAUAUUGAUUUAAGAGAGAACCAGUUGUCUGGGUCUCUGCCGAAUCAGUUAGGAGACUUGAGAACUCUAAAAACCCUACUUCUUGGUGGGAACAAUUUCACUGGUAAAAUUCCUCCGCAUCUUGGUCAAUUGAAUUCUGUUGAGGUAUUGGAUCUCUCCAACAACAAUCUCAAAGGACCGAUUCCUAGUGCAUUGGAAAAUGCAAGCAAUCUAAAAACUCUAUUAUUGGAUCACAAUAUGCUUACGGGUGAAAUACCUUUGUCAUUCUCGUCCUUAUCCCAUCUUGUGAAACUAGAUGUUUCAUUCAAUAACCUCUCGGGUCAUAUUCCUCACCUUCAAAAUAUAAGUGAUUGUGAAAGCUUCAAGGGUAAUAGGUUUCUGCACUCAUGCCCUGAUCCAUAUUCGGCACCUCCAACUGAUUUGCCAGUUCCCCUUGAAGUUGAGAAAAUGCGCAGUCGGAGCAAGAUGAAAUCUUUAAUAAUAGCCACAGUGGCUUCUGUUUCGGUUGUGGUUGGUGCUCUCCUGGUUGUAGUGUUAGGGCUUACACUUGGUAAAAAGAAGCUAGGUAAACUCACUUGUUUAAGAAGAAAAGUAGUUGUUACUUUUGUGGAAACCCCUGUUGAAUUGACUUAUGAUAAUGUAGUCAAUGCAACCGGGAAUUUCAGUAUUCGGAAAUUAAUUGGGACUGGUGGUUUUGGGUCAACUUACAAGGCAGAGCUAGUUCCAGGUUAUCUUGUUGCUGUUAAGAGGCUAUCCAUAGGCAGAUUCCAAGGAAUCCAACAAUUUGAGGCAGAGAUCAAGACGUUAGGAAGAGUUAGGCAUAAAAAUCUUGUGACCCUUAUUGGAUACUAUGUCGGAGAUACUGAAAUGUUCUUAAUUUACAAUUAUCUUUCUGGGGGAAACCUUGAAACACUGAUACGUGAUAGAUCAGCAAUGAAUGUCAAAUGGCCCGAAAUUUACAAGAUAACUGCUGAUGUAGCACAUGCCCUUGCCUACCUUCACUAUUCAUGUGUUCCUCGGAUAGUGCAUAGGGAUAUAAAGCCGAGCAAUAUUCUUCUUGAUGAGGACCUUAAUGCCUAUCUCUCCGACUUCGGCUUAGCUCGACUGCUUGAAGUUUCUCAGACCCAUGCCACAACUGAUGUAGCUGGAACGUUCGGUUAUGUAGCACCAGAGUAUGCAACAACAUGUAGGGUUUCAGACAAAGCUGAUGUUUACAGUUUCGGUGUUGUGCUUUUAGAGUUGAUGUCAGGGAAGAAGACACUUGAUCCAUCAUUUUCCGAGUAUGGUAAUGGAUUUAAUAUUGUUGGUUGGGCCAUGCUAUUGAUGGAUGAAGGACGCUGUUCCGAGUUUUUCUACGCAGAACUAUGGGAAGAAGGGCCUGAGGAGAACUUGUUGAAGAUGUUGCAGCUUGCCUUAUCUUGCACCGUGGAGUCACUUGCUAUUAGGCCAUCAAUGAAACAAGUUCUUGAGAAAUUAAAACAACUGAGUUCCUGAAAAGAUGAUGUAAUGUUCAACCAGUGGCUUCUUUUAAGCUUGAGUUAUGGUUGUUCAGGUUACCCAGAAUGGAUAUGGAAGAUUUGAAGAGCUUGAGGUGAUCUCUGCUGGAGGCAGGCUGAAAGAUCGUAUUGAGAACUUUGCAAAUAUAUUCAAGGAUUCAACUGUCAUAUCAGAAGAUAGUCAAAAGACCAAGUUUAGCAGUUACCUCCAUAGAUAAAUCUCUAAUUCUGCCGUGUCAGAUGAAUUUGAUUAUCUUGGGCAUUGAUAUUUUUAACCAUGGGAGGCGUGUUGCAUAAGCGUACACAUUCUACGCGCAAACGUUUACUCUUAACCUUCAUAUACGUGGUAAGGUUAGAUGCUUUCGUUGCAAAAGUUUGAUUUGUUUAAUUAGCUAGAACAGUCCAACAUCACUCAGUUGAAGAAAAGUCGUGCGCAAUAUGCUGUCAACUGUAUUGCUGAAAUUGGACAGUGAUCCAAAACCAGGUAAUCACUCCAUGUCUAUGCCAUAGAUUCUUCAUUUGUUUCUAGCUAUGGAUGUUGGGUUACAUGCCUGAUAGGUUAUUUGUUUAUCAAGUCACUUCUCUUUGACUUGUGUAGAUUAGAAGAAAAUAUUGCAUGAAAGCCUAUUAUCUUUAAUUCAAAGUGUGAUUUUUCAAGAGCACAUCAGACAGGCUUUCUUAAACUGUAUCAGUUUAUCCAAGAGAUAUAUUAGCAUAGUGUACUUCUAUGUCUCCUUGAUCCAAUGGAGAUUUCCAGUGAUAACAUGUAGGAGUAAAAUUAUUAUGUAGUGGUGAUACUUAUGAUAGAUGUCACUUGGUGAAGGAAUGUAUAUUCUUGUAUCAGUAGCUUGUGACAAUGGAUGAACCUUGUAUAAUAUGUAUUUUGUUUGUGCAGAUCUCUGGUGUUUUUGUCUUUUAGAUAAAUUGUGAAAUUUAGUUGCGAGCAUGAUGGUUGAUGUAUUUUGAUGAAUGGAGUUUGUCUUUGGAUAUAUCCACUUUAAGAAUGUACUCCUUUUGACUUUUAUGCUAUUAAUACGUUUGUUUGACCUUUUGUACUUAAUAAUUAUCCUUCACAAGAAAUAUAGUCAUGUUAAAUUUGUACAAUAACACCUCACUACGCACUUUCAAUAGAAAUUAGAUAUUGUCUGUUUAUUAGAGAGAAACGAGCCAAAAGUUAUAAACUGAUGAAAAAGGUAAUCAAAAUAGUUUUUAAAUUGGUUUAAAAGUUAUUCAUCAAAAAUAUUGUCCGACCAAUCAACAAGCCUCACACAAAGAUGAGAGUGAACUAAAAAACCAAAAUAGUUGUUUGAGAGGCAAAACUCAGAAGUUUCUUAUAGCUAAUAUCAUAUAGGGAAAAUUUCAAAAGUUGAGG